GGUCUGCGGUGCUUUGGAAGGGAGAGGGGUUUGAGGUCAAUAAUGGAUUUUGGAUUUUUCACGAAUUUCGGGUUUGCCUAACACUUUUAAAAGGAAAACCCAACGACUUAUCUUCAUCAAAGUUUCAUCAAAGAUUUUAACAUCAAGAAAAGCACAAGCUCUAUAAUUUAAAGAACAGGUAUUUAAAGCGAAUCCCUUUAACUUAAAGAAAAAACACCUCACUAAAUUAUUCUUAUUUUUCUGAUUUGGCUGGAGUAGGUAAAGACGACCGAAGAUCAGGAAUUCUCAGGCUUGCAUUCGGCACCACUAGGUUAGCUACAUUACAGGGCAUUGGCUGCAGGCAAAUUUGGUCCCCGCGAAAGUCUUCACGUUGUGAGGAUUUAUGGGACUCCCCUGCUACGUUCAAAUACUAAUAAAAAUAAUAGCUAAUGUUGAAUGCUUGCUAGGUAUUAAAUGUCUCUUAACCAGUAUCUGAAUUAAUCCUCCCCAAGCUACAGAAUGUGUUGGUACUAUUGGCUCUAAAUUAUGGGAGGGGGAACAUUGGGGCAUAGAAAGUUGUGUGUUUCCCAAGGUCACCAAGCUAGUAAAUGCUAAAGAGGUGAUUUAAAUCCAGCCUGAACUCCUGCAGUCAUUCAGAGCAUUCUUGAGAUAAGAUCAUACAUUUGCUUCUGCCCCAGUCUCUAUUCACUAGCAUUUAGAGGCUGAGCCAGGAGAGGAUAGUAUCCACCUUUUGGACACACCACUAUUAUGUCUGGGAUUUAACAGGAAGUGUUGAUGUUCCUUUUUCAAAUUUAGUGUGUUUUGUUAAAUUUUACAAAUAUUUGACUUUGGUUAAUUUCAGGAUCUUGAAAAUCUGCCUUUGCUCUUUCAAAUGAUAACGUAUUAAAAUAUUUAAAUUUUUUUUCUUUGAUCCCCCAAGAAGUAGGGAGAAAUAGGAAUAGGAAAGUGAAAUCCAGUACUUAGAAAGAAAGGCUUCUUUGACUCAGGAUUCCAUAGUGGGAUGAUGAAGUUCUUCCUCUGAUGAUGAAGAUGAAGGUCCAAGAGGUUAGAUACCUUGCCCAAGAGCCAAAGCCAGGGUUUAAAUAUAGUGCCAAGAGGGGCAGGCUGGAGCGAAGCUGUCCCUAGGGCCUGUGGCCCCGGCGAGGGUAACACGCCGCGCAGACGCCGGGAGACCAUGGAGGAUGCGACCAGGACCUUUGGGAAAGGAAGCUGCCCCCCGGGGCCCGUCCCAGAGGGCCUGAUCCGCGUCUACAGUAUGAGGUUCUGCCCCUUUGCGCACAGGACGCGACUUGUCCUCCGGGCCAAAGGCAUCAGACAUGAAGUAAUCAACAUUAAUCUGAGAAACAAGCCUGAAUGGUACUAUACAAAGCACCCUUUUGGCCAAAUUCCUGUCCUGGAGAACAGCAAAUGUCAGUUGAUCUAUGAAUCUGUCAUCGCCUGUGAGUACCUGGAUGAUGCUUAUCCUGGAAGGAAGCUGUAUCCAUAUGACCCUUAUGAGCGGGCUCGCCAGAAGAUGUUAUUGGAGCUAUUCUAUAAGGUCCCACAUUUGACCAAGGAGUGUCUGGUGGCCAUAAGAUGUGGGAGAGAAUGUGCUGAUCUGAAGCUAGCCCUGCGUCAGGAAUUCUGCAACCUUGAAGAGCUUUUACAAAUAGGAAGUCGUCUACCCCUUCAGGAGAAAUGGAAAAUAUUCAUUUGUUUUUUUCACCCACGAUCCAUCACUUUAAAGAUUCUUGGCUAUCAGAACACCGUCUUCUUUGGUGGAGACUGUAUAUCCAUGAUCGAUUACCUCUUUUGGCCCUGGUUUGAGCGGCUGGAUGUGUAUGGAAUAGCUGACUGUUUGAACCACACGCCAGCUCUCCGGCUCUGGACAGCAGCCAUGAAGCAGGACCCCACAGUGUGCGCCCUUCUCAUAGAUAGGAGCAUUUUCCUGGGCUUCUUGAAUCUUUAUUUUCAGAACAACCCUGAUGCUUUUGAUUAUGGGCUAACUUGCUGAGUCUCAUUCUCCCCCCUCACAUCCAGAAUUCCCAAGCACGUCGUGACUCUACAUCAGGGAUUGUUUUGGUGGGUCAGUCAAUCUCUGUUCAUUUUCUUUGAGGUUCUCAAUAAAUGUAGAGACAGAAAAUGUA